AUGGCCAGACAAGAAGGGCAGCUGCUGAUCAAUUUGAAAACGCUCUAUCCCGAUGUGGUGGUAGAUAUUGGGAAAAUAAAGUUAGGAGAGAGAUCGAGGAAGAAGACCUCUUGUAAUGAGAAAAGGCAACGAAGGCUGCUUUCAAUGGCAGCGUGUGCGUUGCUGAAUUCAGGUGGAGGAAUAGUGAGGAUGGAGAGUGCAGACGAGGACUACUGCUUUCAGGAGCACGGCAUUGGUCUGGACAUAGAGCAGAGCCUCCGGAUGUGCAUCGACUGCACCGAGACCAUCGAAUACUUCACGUGGAUGCAGCAGCAGGGUCACUUGCUGCUUUUUGUUAAAACAUGGAGCUGUGGAGGUCCAGAGUACAAAAGCACAUCCACAAAGCCGCGGAUCUGUAGCUUAAGCACUGGUUUGUCCCGUAGGUCUUUCACUUCUGUUGUCCCGAUGACGUCAAGCGACGCUGCUAGAUUUCUGAGGAGGAAAGAAAGCGGUGCCAAGUGCCGUGAUGAGAAUGGGCCAAGUGCUACAAAAGCUCCGCCGAUUUUUGAUGGGGAGGCAAAGGAGACCCCUCUCAACACCGAGGAGCGCAACAUCCAAGAUGCUGCUGCCAGGUUUUUAAAGAGAGACAAACUGAUGGUUGGGGAGGUCCUGGAUUUCACAGAGACAACGCAUAUUGAAUUUAAGAAGUUCUCUACAGAGAGUAUCUUGCAAUACAUUAGGAAAACUCUUCCAAAUUAUGCCUCUGCCUUUGCAAACACUCAGGGUGGUUAUUUAUUUUUUGGAGUGGAUAACACCAGUAAAGUCAUUGGAAGCCAUAGUAAAGUGGAGAAAGAAGAUAUAGAAAAAACAGUAGCUGCUACCUUGGGCUCGAUGUAUUUCCAUCACUUCUGCGGCUCUGAGGCUGGCGUUCAGUUUAAGACUUACGUCCUGAGUGUUUAUGACGAGGAGGAACGCUUGCAGGGCUAUGUAUGCGUUGUGCGAGUUGAAGCGUUUUGCUGCGCUGUUUUCCAUGAUACCCCUGAAUCCUGGAUUGUGAAGGGUGAAGUGAUCGAAAGGCUGAGCAUCAGGAAAUGGACGGAGCUCAUGACAGCUGCAGACCCGGAUCUUUCAAAUCUGGCUGAUAAAUUUGAGAAUGAGCUCAGUUUGUCAAACAGUCCUCCUCUUGUCAAGCCAGUUUAUUCCAAAGCUGGUCUCCAGUGUGUGUCUGAACUCCAAGAAUGCCUCUACCCAGUGGGUUCUAAUGAAAUCAGAUGGAAGCCAGAAACCAUCUGCACCGACCUGUUCUCAGAAUAUCCUGGAUUAGAGGAUUUAAUGAAAAAACAAAUCCGUAGCCUUAACAAGGGGGUACUGAUAUUUUCAAGGAGUUGGGCUGUUGACAUCGGAUUGCAGAAAAAACAGGAUGUUGUGUGUGAUGUUCUCUUAGUAGCUGAAAAUGCCUAUCCAGUAUUAUAUACUAUAGUCAAGGAUGCCGCUUCUGCUGAGUCUGAAAGCCCCAGAGAAACAGCCUCUGCAUUAAAGCAGAAACUAGUGAAUGAUGGGGGAUACGUUUCAAAACUGUGUGUGAUUCCCCAAAUACUGCACUUGAAUGGCACGAAGAACCAGAUGGACGUUGCAGAAGAUGGACUUCCCCAGCAAGAAAACCCAUGUGAUUACCCCAGCUUGUACCCAGAGAACUACAUCCUCACCUCCAGGGACAUCCCCGCGUUCCUGCGUGCGCUUGUGAUUGUUGUGCUGCGCUUUAAGUCCUACCUAAGUGACCAUCUUGGCUGUGAGAUUUUCAACCUUCUCACUCUCAGACAGUAUGAACUGCUUUCCAAGAACCUGCACAAAGCCAAGGAGCAGUUUGUCCUUGGUCUUCCUGGAACAGGGAAAACAAUCGUGGCUUUGAAGAUCAUGGAGAGAAUAAGAAACAUUUUUCACUGUUCUGCAAAAGAGAUACUCUACAUUUGUGAAAAUCAACCCUUGAAGAAGUUUGUGGGAAAUGAGAUCUGCCACUCUCUGACACGUAUUGCUUUCUUAAAUGGGAACUUCCCAGAAGUGAAACACAUUGUGGUUGAUGAAGCUCAGAAUUUUCGUUCUGAAGAAAAUUGGUACCAAUGUGCCCGGGAGCUGGUCAAGAAAAAAGGUGGCAUUUUCUGGGUCUUCCUGGAUUUCUUCCAGUCCACUCACCCAUACAGUUGUGGUCUUAAGUUUUCAGAACUAUAUCCUCAGGAAUGGUUGACAGAAGUGGUCCGUAAUGCCAAGCAAAUAUACAAUGUUAUCUUUAAUCUAAUGGAGAAAAUCCUCCAAGAACGUAACACAAAUAUGCCUUAUGAGAUGCUGGAAAAGUUGUUUGAACAGGCUGAAUGUGCCCAUUCUUUGUCAGGUGACUAUGUAAUAAAAAAAAACAUGGAAACCUUUGAAAUGGCAGAGUACGUGACCAGGCAGUGCAACAGCUAUAUCCAGCAAGGCUAUCCCAUCAAAGACAUUGCAAUCCUGUGCAGCACACAGCAUGCAGCCCAGGCGUUCAGUCAGAUGUUGGAACCUGAGCUAAGAAGACAAAUACGGAAACACAGGGUGAGGUUGGUCUUGGGGUCAGCAGAAGCUGUUUUAGAAAACGUCAUCGUUCUUGACAGCAUCAGACGCUUCUCAGGCCUAGAAAGGAGGAUUGUGUUUGGCAUCCACCCUGUCCCUGCACAGGAGGAGAUCUCUCUCAAUCUUUUGCUCUGCGUGGCAUCCAGAGCCAACACCAAACUCCAUUUGCUGUAUCACAAAGAAAAGACAUUCUUAAGAGACACAUAUUUAGACAACAGUUUUACCUAG